GGAGUAGAAACACACUUGUCUCAUUUCUCAAACCCAGUUUCAUCAUCUAUCAACAACCUUCGUUAUCAUCAAUGGCUCCGAUCAAUGUUGGUGCUUCGAUUCCCGAUGGCAUCUUGGCUUACCUGGAUGACCAAAACACCCCCCAAACUGUCUCCAUUCACUCUCUCGCUGCCGGCAAAAAGGUCAUCAUCUUCGGUGUUCCCGGUGCCUUCACUCCCACAUGCAGCCUGAAGCAUGUGCCUGGCUUCAUUGAAAGGGCAGAAGAGCUGAAAUCAAAGGGUGUUGAUGAAUUGAUCUGCAUCAGUGUGAAUGAUCCUUUUGUGAUGAGUUCAUGGGCCAAAACAUUCCCAGAGAACAAGCAUGUGAAGUUCCUUGCUGAUGGUUCUGCCAAAUACACCCAUGAUCUCGGGCUGGAGCUUGACCUCAAUGACAAAGGUCUUGGCACUCGCUCAAGGAGGUUUGCUCUGCUGGUGGAAGACCUGAAGGUGAAGGUUGCAAAUGUUGAAGAUGGAGGAGAGUUCACCGUCUCCAGUGCUGAGGAGAUCAUCAAAGCCCUUUGAACCCUUGCAUCAUCUUUUACCGUCUUUAGUUUCGUUGUCAUUUUGCUUUAAAUAUAUCAAACAAUGUUGUGUUCUAUAGGAAUAGACAUGGAAUAAAAUUGCUGUUAUGGCAAUAAAAUUGCUAGUUUCAAGUUA